GUGCUAACAUUUCACAUCUUGUGAAAGACAAUUCCUCUUUGUACGGAACGUCUCUCUCUACCCUUCAAGAACAUGUUGCUCCUAUUUUGUGUUCUCCUGUUCGCUGGAUCCCUCGUGGAAGGUCUGCCUAUGAAGAGAGAACAAUACCAAAGGAUCAGAUGCAGACCAGGUGACAAUUCAGUUGCCUGCUUUCAAGAACAGUCCCUUUUUGAGCAAGGCGAAAUCAGCAAUAAAAUUGAGACUGAUGCAGUAAUGAGAAAAGUCCCAAGCUUCAUAGUACCAAACUCCAUCUCUGGAGAAGAUAGUGGAUCAGGAAAUGGUGUCUUUUCAGGAGAAGAACCUGGAUCUGUCAAGGAAUAUGAUUCAGAAUCAAAUGAAAUAAGAGAAUACAAAUUCCAAAACAAUUUGUCUGAGGAAAACCUGAUUUUGUAAAGGUAGCAGGACACAUCUAUAAGAAAUUAAAUUUGUAGCAUUCGGCCAUUAUGUCAUAAAAAAGCUUCUGCAUGAAAGUCCUGUAUUGUACUAAGCAUUUUCUCAAGCCU